AUGGCGGCGUCGGCCUUCACGACUACGGGGGUCGAAUGCACUCAGACCCCGACCGCCCACAUCUUCAAGCUCAACUUCCCUGGGUUCAAGAGAGAGGAGGUGACGAUCGAUUUGAACGACGGUGGGGUGCUCAAGAUCGCCGGCGAGAAGCGCGUCGAGAAGGAGGACCGGAGCGAUAGGUGGCACCACAUGGAGCGCAGCAGCGGCCGGUUCAUGACGUCCUUCGUGUUGCCCCAGAAUUGCAAUCCUUACGAGAUGGAGGCGGCCAUGGAGAAUGGGCUGCUCACGAUCAAGGUUCCGAAGCUGGAGGCGCGACACGGGCGGGGAGAAUGGGCUAACAUCGCCGUCCGCUAG